CAAAAGGCGGGGCGAUGAAGGGAAAAUGAAAAUUAAACGGCCUGACUCUAGGAGCACAAAAAGAAAAGUUUUGAUGUUGCUUCUCCUUUGAGUUUGACUCAGUGAAUGUAACUGUCAGACAUUUAAAGCUGUCGAUUUGAGUCAUCGAAAUUAAAAUGGACACAAGGGAUAAACUACAGGAGUUACUGUCUGAGUAUGUUGUGGACACCCUCGGCUACAUUCAGACAGUCAGAGACUUCUGUGACAGAGUGGACGAAUGGAUCCUUCAGAGAGAGAAGGAGCUGAACACAAUAAGAGAUAUUAAGGAUCAAGCAGACAAAAUCACUCUUAAGUUUGACCAUGUUCAGCGCUCAGAGAAUAAAGUCAAGGGUUUUGGCGAGUACCUGUGGAAUGGUUUGACUCAGUUGACAGCUGACUCCAGACGUCAAACACUGGAGAAGACACUGGGUGGUGUCCUGGAGGACACUUUUGAGGGGCUGGAGAAACUUGAGCACUUCCUGGAUGCAGUAGAGAAACUAGCUGUUACCUCGCUAUUUGUUUUAACUGAACAAAGUUUCCUGCCAAUGGGCGAGAGUCCUGCAUGUGUGCGAUCGGUCAUCACAGCUGCAAGAAAGGCCUCAUCUCUACUUAUUCACUUCAAACGAAACAAUGAAACUUUUUUUCUUCCCAUUCUCAAUAAUGUAGAGGUCCUGGCCUUUCAGCUGGACAAAUACAUAAACAUCACAAAACAGCUUUGUAUGAAAAUGGAGAAGAAGUCUAAGAGUGUAUUAUGGUCUGGAGACAUUCAUGGUUGUAAGAAGGUUGAUCAUUUAGUAAAGUUUCAUUUGAACAUACCUGAGACCUCCAUGCAAAAACUGCUUGAUCAUUUGACCCAGUUGAGCAUAAUAAGGAUGGACAGUCACACCAAGUUGGCAUUUCUUUUUAAGGAAAAUGCUUUGAAAUUUAUUGGUUUGUUCAGUCAGCGUUACUCUAGGAUGGAGAAGUUCCUGUCAGAUUUGGAGGAAAGUGCAGUUCAGCUGGACAGGAUGAAAUUUGGGGCCAAUAUCUCUACUGUAGCUGGUAGUUCAGUGGGGGUUGCAGGGGGCGUCUUGUCCAUUGUCGGCCUCGCUCUUGCUCCUGUCACUGCAGGAGUGUCUUUAGCUCUCACUUUGACAGGAAUCAGUCUGGGGGUGACCAGCGGAGUCAAUAGUUUGGUCACAGGUAUCACUGAAACAGCAGUCAACAUUCGCCAUGGUAAAAAUGCACAAAGCAUUUUCCAGAUGUAUGUUGACGAUGUGGAGAAGAUUCAAGGUUGCUUGGAGCAGGCAAUUGAGGAGGGUGUAGAAGGGCCUGAUGUGGUGGAUAUAAACACAGCUAUCACAGCUGGGAAGUUGAUAGUCCGUGUUGGAGGAGUAGCCAAAAGUAUUGAUGGCAUUGUGGACACAGCUUCUGCUUUAAAAAUCUUUAAAAGUGAGGAGGUCGCCAAACUCACUGCAGACCUGCCUGACAUUGGGCAGCUGGCAAAAGGGACACCACUAGCACUCUCGAAAGGAGUUAGAGCUGGAUUCAUCACUUUAAAUGCCCUUUUUAUUGGCUUGGAUGCCAUUUUCAUUUGCAGUAACAGUAUAAGUCUGGCAAAAGGGAGCAAGAAUGAAACAUCUGAGCUCAUCCGCUCCAGAGCAGCUCUGUGGAAAUCUGAGCUUGAGGCCUGGCAGAAAAUGUAUGAUUCCUUAUGCAUAGGAAUAUGGAGGUUAAGGAAGAGCCUGAAAGUGUUGGAGCAACCCUUUAUUCUUUAGAUUUAGACAUGUGUGCGUAGGAAAUGUUAACAUAUGUGAAAAUAUAGGAAACAAUUUAAAAAGAUAAAAAUUUGGAAUAUUUAGUAUUUGCACUUCAAAAUAAUUACUGUAUAUUUAGAAAAACAACACAGAUCAGUCAUCCAUUUAUCAAACCUUGUGUUAUGAUAAAGAGCAAUUCCAGCAUUAUGGAUGUGACAUUUGCACUUAAAACUUAAAAAAUGAAUUCGUCAGAGAAUACACUUAUUACCAAUAUAUUGAACUUGAUCUGUUUAUAUUUCCCUAAAAUCUUUUUUUAAUUUCUACACAUGUCUGAGGAAGAAACAAUGUUAUGGCCAUAAUAUUUCUCCGUUAUGGACGUAUGACAAUUCUAAAAUUUGUGCUUAACUAGGGAAAAAAUGCUUUAAAAACUUUUAACAAAGACUUUGCAUGGGCAAAUAUUGAUACCUGAGAUAUCAUUAUGGUUAAAAACUUAAUAGUAAGGUUGUCAUUUGCAUGGAAUUGCCCUGAACCAUUUACAGUCACUUACAUUUUUAUUUAGCAUGUGCUUUUAUUCAAAGUG